UGCUUAGUCUCUGGCUAGCAGACGGUCGGAGGCAAGAACCCGGAUGUAAGCUAUAACAACAUGGCAGACGAAAAGACGGAAUUAGAUUUUCUGUAAACGAUCCUCUCGCUUCUACAGAGUAAAUUACCAAAGUAUAAACCGAAUCUCCAUACCAAAGCCGUACAUUUAUAACUACAAGAAAAAAUACCCCAUUAUAUAUAUAUAUAUUUAAAUUCAUACAUUAUAAAUAUAUAUAUAUAUAAACAUAAUUACGCACGUGUAUAUAUACAUAUAUCUCUUAUGAUAUAUAUAUAUACAUCAAGCAAACAAUCCUAUCAAAAUUACUGGAUAUCUUAUAUUUACAUUGGUGCUAAUGAAAAUUGCUACUCCUUGGCUGCAUGAACUUGUUGCAUACUAUCACUGCUAAGCGGGAAAGUUCGCCUGCUCUCAAGAAACUACAGGCAUCAUGUCAGGACUCUGCGAGCGGUACGUGCCCUGUCACAUAUUCCAAAGAAGAACUGAAAGAAAAACUUUCUUCUGUACAGUAUCGGGUCACUCAGGAGAAGGGCACAGAGAGGGCCUACUCUGGCAAAUUUCUUAGUUGGAAUGAAGAAGGAAUAUUCACAUGUGUUGUGUGUGGGAAUAAACUUUUUGCUUCUGAUACCAAGUUUCACUCAGGGUGUGGUUGGCCGUCCUUUACUGACGUCAUUGAAAAAGGCAAUGUCACCUUCAAAGAUGAUUUCGCUCAUGGUAUGCAACGUCUGGAGGUGAUGUGUUCUGACUGUGGUGCUCAUCUUGGUCAUGUAUUUGAUGAUGGACCUAAAUCUAGAAAACAGACAGGACUCCGAUACUGUGUUAACUCAGCUUCUCUGGGUUUCAAAAAACACACUACAGUUUAGCACCUCUGGGUUUCAUGUCAUACUAACACCCCAUCGAAGUUGAAAGUAACACCGUAUCUUUAUUAAACUUUGAUUGACAAAAAAAAGUUCAAAUAAAUAAAUAAAUAAAAUGAAGAAAAAAAAUUUAUAUCAUAAAAUGUCAUCGUUAAUUCAAGUAGCAGCAUGAUUUUUUAAAAAAAUAUUAAAAAAAAAUUUUUUAAAUAUAAACGUUGGCCUCUUUAUAGACCCUGGCUAUUUACAAAUUAUCAUCCUAGAGCUGCUUUUAUUCAUCUACUAGCUUCUUUUGAAUUUUAUUUUGUUGCUAUAAAUUAGAGGGUCAUGCUACGUAUUUUCUUAUUUCCAAAAUAAAGUUUAUAUUGAACAACAA